AUGGAACUUUGGCAAAGUGAUGACCGCGUUAAGAAGUUCGAGAUAAAUUCAAAGAAUCAUUAUGGUGGACAAGAAGUAGUUGCUGGGACACACACAGGUGGCUCUAUCACAGUUGGAGAGCACCGGGAAAAACUUCAAGCAGCUGGUCGUGUGGUGAUACUUUGUUUAGGUUGCUGCUAUGCUCUUUUGGCUGUUGACAUGCUAGUUUUUCCUCUUUAUUUUGGCUCUAUAUGUGAUGCUAUGGAAAGGUAUGAAGAAACUGUACGAGAAAAAGUACAAUGUGAAUCUGAAAUUGACCAAUUAGAGACAUAUUAUGAAGCUACGGGAGGAGCAAAGAAGAAAAGAUUAUUUGGUCUUAGAUCUGAAGCUGCCAGUUACUUUGGGAAAAAACUUUGUACCUGCAAUGCUUCCACAUCAUCAGUACCACCUUCGAUUUCUAUACCGACAACAAAUAUGGAGGAAUUUGUGAAGCAAUUGAUUCCGGACCUUACUACUCAUUUUCUUUCGAUAGUUAUUAAGCGUGUUGGUGGUAUUAGGGUACAAUAA